CAACAAUGCUUCAGGUUCAGGUGGUUAAUAUUCAAUAAUGGCGAAAGUACGUGAGGCCCCCUUUCUCUUUCUUUCUCCUCCACUCCAAAUUUAGCUGCACAAUCCAAGCUCCAUCAUCGCCAUGACUAUGGAUUCUUACUCAUUCAUAUCUAACCGUCGUUUCCAUUAUUAUUCCACACCACCUCUGCUAAUUUCCAUUAACAUCCAAUUUUCACUUCUUUCAACUCAAAUCCCUAAAUGCGCGCUCAAGAUUCCGACUGGCUCGGAUUUGUAGGAACUCAAUCGGCAGCCGGCGGAUGGUUUUGAUUUCGGUAAAAGUAGAGAUUAUUGAAUUGAAGAAGAAUCUGUAAUCGAUCGAAGGCUCAGGGAUUGCGACCGGCGACGGCGGAUGAUUUUGAUUUCGUGAUUGUUGAGAAGACAGGCUCAGAUUUGAAGGAAGUGCACCACGCGUUGAGAUUUUUUAACUGAAGAACCUGUAAUUGAGAUGAGCCUUAGGAAUUAGGGAUUUAGGGUUUAAUUUACAUCAAAAUGUCGAAGCAGAAGUUCGGAUUAUUAGGGAGAUCAAUAUGCGGGAGAGAGAAAGAACAAGAAAUCGAGCAAUUCGGUAGCCAUUACAGUCUCAACGGCGGAAUCCUGCCACCGCUAGGCGUCAAUGGGCAAAAGAAUCGAAGAAUCAAACUCCGUCGUCAUAUAAUUUCGCCAUUCGAUUACAAUUACAGACUUUGGGAAACGUUUCUGAUAUUUCUAGUUCUGUACACCGCCUGGGUUUGUCCGUUUGAGUUCGGGUUCAUUCCUUCGCCUCAGGGAGCUCUUGCUGUGAUCGAUAACGUCGUAAAUGGAAUAUUCGCCAUUGAUAUAGUUUUGACCUUCUUCGUGGCGUAUUUGGACAAAACUACUUACCUGCUUGUGGAUGAUCGGAAUCUGAUUGCUCUGAGAUAUGCAAAAACUUGGUUGGUGUUUGACGUUGUGUCGAUUAUUCCGUCGGAAUUGACUCAAGCUAUUCUUCCUCCUUCUCUUCAGAAUUAUGGAUACUUCAAUAUGCUUCGUCUAUGGCGUCUUCGAAGAGUCAGUUCCAUGUUCGCCAGGUUGGAAAAGGACAGGAACUAUAACUAUUUCUUGGUUCGAUGCGCAAAGCUUGUAUUUGUGUGUGUGUUCACGGUUCAUUUUGCUGGGUGCUGCUUCUAUCUAAUAGCUGCAAACUAUCCAGACCCAAAAAUGACAUGGUUAGCUUUAUCCCCCCAAGAUUUACAUAAGGCAAGUUUGGGAGUGCGUUAUGUCACUUCCAUUUACUGGUCAAUUACCACAAUCACAACCAUUGGCUAUGGCGACUUGCAUCCUGUUAAUGAACAAGAAAUUAUUUUUUGCAUCUUUUACCACUUCUUUAUUCUCGGCUUGCAAGCUUACCUUAUUGGAAAUAUGACUAACUUGGUCGUCCAUGGCACCAGUCGAACCAGGAAAUUUAGGGACACCAUUCAAGCAGCCUCGAAUUUUGCAAAUAGAAAUCAUCUACCUGAUCGACUUCAAGAACAGAUGCUUGCUCAUCUGUGUUUGAAAUUCAGAACUGAUUUAGAGGGAUUACAACAACAAGAGACGCUUGUUUCUCUUCCAAAAGCCAUCAGAUCUAGCAUAGCCCACCAUCUCUUCUAUUCACUUGUUGAUCGUGCUUAUUUGUUUCAUAGAGUAUCAACAGACUUGAUUUUUCAACUGGUAACUGAAAUGAAGGCCGAGUACUUCCCUCCCAAAGAAGAUAUCAUCUUGCAGAAUGAAGCACCAACAGAUUUCUAUAUAGUUGUAACUGGUGCUGCGGAUCUUAUUAUACAAAGAAAUGGAAUGGAAGAGAUUGUCGGUGAAGCAAAGACGGGAGAUAUCAUCGGUGAGAUAGGUGUGCUUUGUUAUCAACCACAAUUGUUCACCGUUCGAACCAGCCGUUUGAGUCAAUUGUUGCAUUUAAGUCGCUCCUCGUUUUAUAACUUGGUACAAGCAAGCGUUGGGGAUGGGGCAAUAAUAAUGAACAAUCUCCUCAAGCACCUGAAGGAGAUAAAAGACCCCAGGAUAGAGAAAAUUCUGCAAGAAACAGAACAGACAUUGACUAGGGCCGGAAUGGAUAUGCCUCACAAUUUAUACUAUGCCGCAGACACUGGCAAUGAUAUAUUGUUGCAUCAAUUGCUAAAGCAGGGUUCGAAUCCAAAUGAAGUAGAUGGCGUUGAUGGGAAGACAGCACUUCAUAUUGCAGCAGCUAAAGGAAACGAAGAUUGCGUAGUUCUACUCCUACAGUAUGGGGCAGACCCGAACAGAAGAGACUUCGAAGGAAACGUACCCCUGUGGCAAGCAAUACAAGGGAAACAUGAGUCUAUAGUCAAGCUUCUACUGGACAAGGGUGUCAAUAUUUCUUCAGGCGAUGUUGCCCAGUUUGCAUGCACUGCUGCGGAGCAAAACAGCAUAGAUAUACUAAAAUCCAUCACCCAAUGUGGUGGAGACAUAACGCUGCCAAGAAGCAGCGGGACAACAGCGCUUCACAUGGCAGUAUGUGAAGGAAAUAGUGAAACAGUGAAGUUCCUUUUAGAUCAGGGGGCUGACAUUGAUAAGGCAGAUGUUCAUGGAUGGACUCCUCGAGGAUUGGCAGAUCAUCAAGGCCAUGAAGCAAUAAAAAAACUAUUCUCUGACAAGCAACCUGUGAAUACAUCAUUUGUUGUCCAUAUUCCACAAAAUCCUGGAUCAGAUUACCUUCGGAAGUUCCAGAACGAAUCAAACAUGCUGCAGCAGUUUUCCCAAGACUCCUGCAUGACUCCUGUUCGAGAAUCAAAUUGUUCUGAUAUGCCUCCUAGAAGGAGGAGCAAUAGUUAUCAAAACUCACUAGUUGGGUUCAUGACAACUAACAAUACCGGUGAGGUUUCAUUUUGCCAACUUAAGAAAAUCGUUCUCAAUUUCCUAAAUUUUGGGUUUAAAAUCUCUAGGUUGCGCACACUAAAACCUAAAAUGAACAGUACUUACAUAUUUGAUCUGAAUACUUUUACAUUGGUCUAACUAGACUAUUAACAUUCGAGAUUUUAUCACAUUGUGCGUAGAGAACUAUCUAUAAGAUAGGUGCUCACUUUCUAAAGCUAGAUUUUAACAUAUACAAAAGUUGCUACUUAAAAUCAUACAGGAGAAAGGGACGUUCUACAACCUGCAUCACUCGGUUUUAGCAAUACCCAAAGCGUGAGAACGACUUACCAGGCAAGAGUUAUUCUCAGUUGCCCUGAAACGGGACAGGCUUCUGGAAAGCUAGUGAUUUUACCCAAAUCCAUCAAAGAACUACUUGAAAUAGGCUCUAGAAAAUUUGGGAUUUCUGUGGCAAAGAUUCUAACUCAAGGAGCUGAAGUUGAGGAUACAGACCUUAUUAGAGAUGGCGAUCACCUUGUACUUGUUAGUGAUGCUGGUGCUCCCCAGAGCCACUAAGUAUCGUACGAUUUGUUUCAGGACAACCUACCUCAGCUGCUGCUUGCUCAGAUUAUUUGCAACGUAGACUUCGCUAUUCUUUUUUUCCCCCCAUCUUUUGUUUUCAGGGGAAUUGAAGUCAAAUAAAUGACAUUCAAUAUUUGAUGCUCGUACUCUGCACAAUCUGGAUAUUUCAUAUUCUCUGUGCAGAGCGUUUUUGCAUUGGUAUUUUUUGUAAGUUAAAUGUGUUACCAUGUUAGAACUUAGAAGAUUGUAUAUAUUUGAUAUUUGAAUGAAAUUUAUCUUUUUCUUUCGAAAGACUUGUC